AUGAAAGUGGAGCCGCUGAACCUGGAGGAAGGCGACGGUGCGUGGUGCGCCGACGGCCCCGUGACGCCGCAGCACUCGCAGUUCCUGCUGGACCUGCGGCGUCUCCACGUGGUCCGCUCGCUCGGCACGCAGGGUCGCCACGGCAACGGCCUCGGCAACGAGUUCGCCAGGCCUACCGCCUCGAGUACAGCCGCGACGCGCACCCGAUGGCUGCCGUGGAGGGACCGCCGCGGCAAGCAGGUGAUCCAGGGCAACGUGAACACGCAGGACGUGGUGCUCAAGGACCUGGGGCCCGCCCUCGUGGCGCGCUUCGUGCGCUUCGUCGCCGUCACCGACCGCGCCAUGAGCGUGUGCAUGCGCGUGGAGCUCUACGGCUGCCCCUGGGCUGACGGGCUCGUCUCCUACUCGGCCCCCGAGGGAGAGACGCUCCUCCUGCCCUCCCUGGCGCCCGCCAACCUCAACGACUCCACCUACGACGGCUUCAUCGCCUCCCGGCAGAUGUACGGCGGCCUGGGCCAGCUGACGGACGGCGUCUGGGGCCUGGACGACUUUGCGCUGAGCCCCGAGCACCGCGUGUGGCCGGGCUACGACUACGUGGGCUGGAGCAACGGCAGCCUCAGCCUGCCCUACCUCCUCAUGCACUUCGAGUUCGACGAGCCAAGGAACUUCUCGGCCAUGAAGGUCCACUGCAACAACAUGUUCCAGAGCGGCGUGCAGACUUUCCGCGAGGCGCGCUGCUUCUUCCGCCGCUCCGACAGCGACGAGUGGGAGGGCGGCGGCGGCGGUGACGACGGUGGCGGUGGUGGUGGCGGUGAGGGCGGCGAGGACGUGGGCGUGGGGCUGGUGGUGGAGCCGGACACGGUGGACCCGCGCGCACGCUUCAUCACCGUCCCGCUGGGCCAGCGCAACGCCAUCGCCAUCAAGUGCCACUUCUACCUGGGAGCCGCGUGGCUCCUCAUCAGCGAGAUCUCGUUCCACUCGGACCGGAGCCAGGAGCCCGUGUCACGAGCCCCGCCCCCUCCCACCCCGCCGAGGGGGGGGGCCCGCAGCCCCCCACCGCCCCCACCGCCCGCCCCACCAGGGGGGGGCGCCCCGCCCCCACCGCCCCCCUCUGGCACGCGCGGGCCGGAGGUCACCAGCCGCGCACACGGCACGAGGGUGCCGGGGGCCCCGGGGGCCACGCUGUCCGGGAGGCCCAUGGACACGGCCGACGAGAGAGCGCCCGUGCUGGUCGCCUGCCUCGUCGCCAUCAUCCUCCUCCUCGUCGUCAUCAUCGCACUCAUCCUCUGGCGGCACAACUGGAGGAAGCUCCUCGAGAAGGCCCCGCGCGCCAUGCUGGAGGACGGCAUUACGGUGCGUCUGUCGGUGCCGUGCGACACGGUGAUGUUCAACGGGCGCUCGCUGCAGCGCGCCGGCUCGGCCCUGCCGCAGACGAAGCCGCCGCCGGCGCUGCCACCCGGCUACCGCGAGCCGGGCACGCGGCCCACACGCCGCCUGCUGCACGCGGAGCGCACACUCGAGCGCGCCGAGGGCGGCGGCUGCGGGGACUACGCGGAACCGGAGCUGCCGCUGUUCGACGGCGCCCAGCACUACGCCGUGGCCGACAUCCUGGACAUGCAGGGCGUGACGGGCAGCAGCGCCUACGCCGUCCCCGCGGUGCCGGGAGACGCGGCGGCGGCGGUGCCCCUGGGCCACCACGAGGUGCCGCCGGGCCACCGCGGCGUGGCGCGCCUUCUGGAGGUGCCGCGCGAGACGCUGCGCGUGCGGGAGAAGCUGGGGGAGGGGCAGUUCGGAGAGGUGCUGCUGUGCGAGGCCGUGGGGCUGCCGCGGUGCAUGGACGACGACGACGAGGUGGAGGUGGGGGAGGAGGAAAGCGACGAGGGGGGCACGAGGGGGGGGCCGCAGCAGCCCACACUCGUGGCUGUCAAGAUGCUGCGGGAAGACGCCUCCAGCAGCGCCAGGAGCGACUUCCUGAAGGAGAUCAAGACGAUGUCGCGGCUGCGCGACGCUCACGUCGUGCGACUCGUGGGCGUGUGCCUGCGCGACGAGCCGCUCUGCAUGCUCGCCGAGUACAUGGAGAACGGAGACCUGCACCACUUCCUGUCGGCACACCGCUGGGAGGGACAGGGCCCCGGGCCCACGCUCAGCGUGGUGGAGGUGCUGCUCAUGGCCGUGCAGGUGGCCGCCGGCAUGUCCUACCUGGCGUCGCUCAACUUCGUGCACCGCGACCUGGCGUCGCGAAACUGCCUCGUGGGGCCGGCGCACACCAUCAAGAUCGCCGACUUCGGCAUGAGCCGUCACCUCUACAGCAGCGACUACUACCGCAUCCAGGGCCGCGCCGUGCUGCCCAUCCGCUGGAUGGCCUGGGAGAGCGUGCUUCUGGGCAAGUUCACGACGGGCUCGGACGUGUGGGCGUUUGGCGUCACGCUGUGGGAGCUGCUGUCGCUCUGCCAAGAGCAGCCGUACGGCGGCCUCACCGACGAGCUGGUCAUCGAGAACGCCGGGGAGCUCUUCCGCGACAACGGCCGUCAGAUGUACCUGUCCCAGCCGCCCGCUUGCCCCGCUCCCGUCUACGACCUCAUGCUGCGGUGCUGGCGCCGGGAGUCGCUGGACCGGCCGACCUUCCCGCAGAUCCAGAGCUUCCUUGCGCAGGAGGCCUCCUAGCUCGGCCGGGACUAGCGCUGCCGCUGCCACGGCGAUGCGAUGGCGUUCAUCCCACCCGCGCAUCUACCUGGCCUGAGACCAGCUGACUUGUCACUCACACAUUCAGAGCCCUUGCAAUCAACUCGCGUGCUUUCUGCUAUCAUUCAUUAUUAUUAUUAUUGCUACUACGUAUGGAAGGGAUGAUGUAUGUAAGGGGGGGAUGUUGUAUGUACGUUGAACGUCUUUCGCAGCGUGCGUAGUCGGAGGUGUGGGGGGGAAGGGCAACAAACUAAACCACAAAAAAGCAGUUCUGAUGAUGAUUAUUAUCGUCAUCAGUUAAAACGAAAUAUAUAUGUGCAAAUGUAAAUAUUGUAAAGUGUGCAUCGGGACCUCGCGAAGAAAAUGUGAAGAUGAUAAAUAUAGCAGACGUCGGGGGAGGGGGUGGGGGGGAGAGCGAGCAAGAAGUGGGUAUUUUUGUAUCGAACUCGUAAUGUGCAUGCAGACUGGAGCGUGUAAUCUGUCUCCCGUCUCCACGCGUCGCCACACGCAACACAACGCACGCACGUCCCGACGUGCACGCAAACCUUUUAUAAACGCGCGAGAGGCACGUUCUAAACCUGUACAUAACCUCUCCCUUGCGCUGCAUCCAUGUCGCUUUAUUGGUAAGAAAAUAAACGUAUA